AUGUAUCCAUAUUAUCACGGUUCCUCAUGGUCCACCCAAUCUUCUUCUUCACAAUAUCCCAAUAACCUCCACUCGAGCCUCUGGACCAGUCAACCUUCACAAACUGAAUUUGGCAUAUCCUCUCACUCUUACUCCGGGGAAGAGGAACAGCCACCGCCCUUACUUCCUAGACCAAGACCAGCUUAUCUCGGUAUGAGCUCAUCCCAGGGGAGUCAACAGUCCGCUAUACGUUUGCAGACUUUUAGAAGUGACGUAACAGGGUCAUCCGACUACAACUCAAAAUCAGUGUAUAAUCAAGAAGGAAAGCGAUCACGAAGGUAUAAAAAUGGCGGCGGAUAUACUCCUCCGUCUAUGAUGAGCUACCAACGACCUGUGCAGUCCCACUCAGGUAACUCCAGCAUAUCGGCCCACAGCAUCAGUAAGGCUCCGCACAGUAAACACAGAAACACAUGUUCAUCAAAUGGAACUUUGGGUAAAGAUGCUCGUGAAAUAAUGGGAUUAACAGCCACUGCCGGUAUUCUAGGAGGAAUGACAGGAGGUAUAGCCCUUUCGGGAGCUGAAGGUGCAGACGAACGAGAUGAUAGAGAGGGUAAUCCUUCACGAAAUCUUAAUCUGAAUCCUGGUUAUAAUCCAGGUCUCAAUACCUAUAGCCCUGGCGGCGGGGCUGGAGAUGGAGACAGUGACGGAGGCAGUGAUUGUUGUGGAGAUUGGUGCGGUGAUGGCGAUGGUUGUUGUUGCUGUUGUGGUGAUUGUGGGGAUUGCAGUGGAUGCGGUGAGGGUGGAGGUUGCUUCUAA